AUGCAGGCUGAAGGGAUCUCCAAGGUGGCUGCCCCAGUUGCAGGUCUACAAGAGGUUAACCUCCGGCCGAUGCAGGUUGCUUACAAUUUGCAUCUCGUUUCCCUCAAUGUCUUGUCCAUGUUUGAGACUGAUGCCCCCAAAGGUCGCAAGCAAAGAGUCCCCCAAGCAGGGAUGCUGGUGGCAGGGAAGAAAGACGUUCUACGUGAGCAGUUUUCGCGAGCCCAGAUUUGGGCGGCAGGUCUGCAAGAGACCAGAUUGCCAGCCAGCGGCGUGCUCCCGGAUCGGGAUUUCUACAUCCUUAACACGGCAGCCACGGUGCAAGUCGAGGCUCCCCGGCUCAGCAUUACCAUUCUUGUGGCACGCUGCCCACGAUACCUAGGGGAGGGACAGGAAGCUCGAGAAUUCUGGGACUCGCGAGCCCAGGAAGUAUGCAAUCGGCCGGAGCAGUCCGAAUUGAUUGCUAUGAUUGACUCCAACAGUCAUGUUGGCUCCGUGCACACCGAAGCCGUAGGUGGACUUGACCCAGAGGAAGAGAAUGAGGCCGGAGCCCUCUUCCACACUUUUCUCUUGCGGACUGGUCUCAUGGCCCCGUCUACUUUUCCAGAGUAUCAUACGGGGCAGUCUUGGACAUGGGUCUCAGCGCGAGGAGACGAUGCCCGCUACCGUCUGGAUUUUGUCUGCAUACCGCAAUCUUGGGCUGAUUUCAAUAUCAGCUCACGUGUCUGGACAGAGUUCGAGGCUUUGCAAGCAAGAGACGACCAUUAUCCUGUUUGGGCCCAGGCAGUGUUCGGCAGGGCGGCACCAGUCCAAGGUUUCACCGACAGCUUCAACCGAUUGGGGCUUCCGCACUGGACCGUUGAUGUGGACUCCCACCGCGAUCAGGUGUACCAUCGAAUCCUGAGAGAUAAGCUCAUGGCCUCUUUCGCCACUGUCCGAGCGGAUUUGCAGGCUGGGCAGAUGCCGGGAAUUGGUGUCGAAAGCAUCUCCUUGAUGGUGCGGUCCUUUCAGGUUUGGGUGUGGGCGGAACUGCAUGACCAUCUUACGGCAGCGGCACACAUCGCUGAGGCUACGAACUUCAAGCGGGAUGAGAAGAUCGACAGGUUCGUCGAAGAGCAUUCCCUGAGCGAGGCUGCGAGGUGCCGGCUGGUCGAGCUGCGCGUUCGCAGAAAAGCGGAGCAGGACGAGGACCUGCAGAAGCUGGCGCAGCAUCUCUGCAUUUGCGCCGACCGGUCCUUUACAGCCAUCUCACUGGUCAAAAAGGUCGUGCAGGGCAGGAUCGAUGACUUCCCUGACAUGACCCGGGCUGUAGCUAUCGCCGAACGGUUCCAGCUGGAUGAGGCCUCGUUGCGGAAGCUCCGCGACAUCGUUGAAAAGCGGGCCGAGGACCUCGCCGUGGUGUUGGCUCACCUGGAGGAGGUUCUGGCAGCAGCAUACUCGCCUUCGGCGACCCUGGUCAAGGUGGCGCCUACGCUUCUGUCUGGUGAGCUGCUCGCUCCGGAGGAGAUCGAAGUUCUGAAGCUCGAGGCGCGUCAGCAGGCGCGCAAAGAGGAGCUCAAGCGGAAGGCUCAGAAGAAGCAGAAGAAAGAGAAGAAGGAGAAGAAGGCGAAGAAGAAGAAGAGCAGCUCGGGCUCGGAGAGUUCCGACUCCUCGGGCUCCUCGAGCUCCAGCAGCUCCAAGAAGAAGCGAAAGCAGAAGGAGAAGAAAGCCAAGAAGGCCAAGAAGAAGGACAAGAAGUCGAAGAAGGACAAGAAGUCAAAGUGA